CCACACUAUCUCUCUCUCUCGUCUCUUCGAACAGUUCAAAAACCACUUAUAGAUUCGAAAAACAGAGCAAUUUCUUCUUCUCCUUCCUCUUUUCCCUACCAACCUCAUUUCUCUAACUUCUCCUUCGAUCCCAUUCUCUUAGCCGAAGAAUUCUUGAUUUUCCCGAUUGGGAAAAGUUCAAAUUUCUCGGUCUUGUCUACGAUACCAGCUAAUUUCACUUCACCUCCUCUGUUCUGAAAUCCCCUGCUUUCUCCUUCUCUGUUUCAUAGUUUUAUAAAAAUGGUGAGCCAAAACGUCGUCGUAUCAGACGCCAAGACUGGAAUCAUAACCGCCUCCACCGCCUCUAACUCCUCCGUCUUCACUCCUUCCGCUCAGAAACCACCGACUGCUCCUGGUUACAUCUCAAUUUCAAAGAAGAAACUACUCCAAAACCUCGAAAUCAAUGGCGCUCAAAGUCAGAGACUCAACUCUUGGGUUGACUCCAUGAGAGCUUCUUCGCCUACACAUCUCAAAUCACUUCCUUCUCUUUCUUCACAAGAAGAGCUCAAUUCUUGGAUUAAACGACAUCCAUCGGCACUUGACAUGUUCGAACGAAUCAUCGAAGCUUCGAGUGGUAAACAAAUCGUUAUGUUUCUUGAUUAUGACGGUACUAUUUCUCCAAUCGUCGAUGAUCCAGACAGAGCUUUCAUAUCCAGCAAGAUGAGAAGGACAGUGAAAAAGCUUGCGAAGUCUUUUCCAACUUCUAUAGUUACCGGUAGAUGCAUAGAUAAGGUUUAUAGCUUUGUGAAGCUAGCAGAACUGUAUUACGCUGGAAGCCAUGGAAUGGAUAUUAAAGGUCCAACAAAAGGUUUCUCUAGAUACAACAAGGAUAAGCCAUCUGUUCUUUAUCAACCAGCCGGCGACUUUCUUCCCAUGAUCGAUGAGGUUUAUAAAAAAUUAGUGGAGAAAACCAAAUCAACACCAGGAGCCAAAGUGGAGAACAACAAGUUCUGUCUUUCUGUGCACUUCCGUUGUGUCGACGAGAAGAAAUGGAGCGAACUGGCUUUAAAAGUUCGGUCGGUGGUAAAGAACUAUCCGACACUGAAACUGUCACAAGGUCGUAAGGUUUUUGAAAUCCGACCUAUGAUUAAAUGGGACAAAGGCAAGGCUCUUGAGUUUUUGUUAGAGUCACUUGGUAAGAUAUUCUUUCCAUCUUGUCUUCUACUUCAAGAGAGAGGACAAGGCUUUGGUAUUCUUGUCUCCAAGUUCCCCAAAGACACAAAUGCGUCGUAUUCGUUGCAAGACCCACCUGAGGCAAGUGAUGGAUUUCUUGCGGCGGUUGGUAGAGUGGAAACAAAUUUAGCAAUGAACGUGAAAAUGCUAUUGGAGUAACUUUAGAAAAAAUAUAAUCAUUAUCAUAGGUGCAUGUAAUAUACGUAUAUAGUAUAUCCCUAACCUAUAAUGGAACAUUUUAUAAGAUAUAUAAGGGCAAGCUCUUAAAAUGCCCAUAUAUAUAUAUAUAUAUAUAGAUUGAUCUUGUUCAUCAUAAUUCUUUUCUUUUGGGAAAAGAUGAACAAGACCUUUUAUUAAAGUGGGGAUAUAUUUUUCUUUCUUUUUAUAGCCUUCUAACUCUGUUGCGUGAAGGCGAUUUUACCUUUUAAACUAAGGAAAUAACGGUUGUAAGGGAAUAUGGGGGUAUAUAUAUCUUUUGUAAAAUUCUAAAGAAAACGUGCAUUGUUUUCCUAAAUAUUCGUAUUUUUGCGCUU